AUGGCAAAAGAAGCAUCUUCAGAGCUCUUCCUGGCCAACUUUGGCAGCCUUACCUCUUCUUCCACCACACAUCCUGUAGGAAAGUUACUACCUGUAGCCAAAUUUACAGAUGAUUGCAAGUUCAGGGAGCGAUUUCAGGAAAACAGCUAUAAUACUUAUGCCUCAGCAAUACACAGAACUGAGCCAGCGGGCCGGGAGUGGUAUGUGGCCCUCAACAAGAGAGGGAAAGCUAAGCGGGGCUGCAGCCCCCGGGUCAAACCCCAGCACAUCUCCACCCACUUUCUGCCAAGAUUCAAGCAGCUAGAGCAGCCAGAACUUUCUUUCACGGUUACCGUUCCUGAGAAGAAAAAGCCACCCAGUCCUGGGAAGCCAAAGGUGCCAGUGUCUGCCCCUCGGAAGAGUCCCAACACCGUGAAAUACAGACUCAAGUUUCGCUUUGGAUAA